UUGCGAGUGAAUUCAAAGCAAGUGAAUUUAUAUUUAUAAUAAAAAUUCCGCAUUUAAGCCGUACCCCUCUCUCCCUCGGAGUCCCUGUGUGUGCAUAUUCUUCGCAUCUCUUUAAACAUUCUCAGAGAAUUCAAGUUCUCGUUUGAGCCUUUAAAAUCUUCAACCUUUUGGAAUUGGAGUCUCUCGGGUAGCGAGAGAGCAAGAGAAAGUGAUAGAAAUAGAGACAAUUGAGUUCUGGAGGCGUGAACGGUGGAUCUGGUUCUGGAAUUUCACCGGCGCGGAAGGCAGUCUUGGACAAUGCUUGGUUGAGAGAAAGUGGGUUUAGAUUCAGUUUUGUGAAGACUGAGGAGUGUGAUAGUAAUAGGGGUGAACCAAUGAAAAACGGGAUGAUAGAAUGCAGCGUCUGCCAUUCGAAAUUGGUUUCACCAAAUACCAAACCUUUUUCAAGAGCUUAUGACCGACAUAAGAGCAGGGUAUCAUCAAAGCAACGUGCCCUUAAUGUGCUCUUGGUUGCCAGUGAUUGCAUCCUAGUCGGUUUACAGCCUAUUUUGGUGUACAUGUCCAAGGUGGAUGGGAAAUUCAUGUUUAGCCCAGUUAGUGUCAACUUCUUGACAGAAGCUGCAAAGGCUCUAUUUGCGAUUGUUAUGCUUUUGUUCCAGGCAAAGCAUCAGAAAGUUGGAGAGAAGCCUCUUCUCUCAUUUUCUACAUUUGUACAGGCAGCUCGUAACAAUGUUCUUCUAGCUGUUCCAGCUCUUCUAUAUGCUAUCAAUAAUUAUCUAAAGUUCACCAUGCAGUUAUAUUUCAAUCCUGCAACAGUGAAAAUGCUAAGCAAUCUGAAGGUUUUGGUGAUUGCUGUGUUGCUAAAGAUAAUAAUGAGACGCCGAUUUUCUGUUCUUCAGUGGGAGGCUCUUGCUUUGUUGCUCAUUGGGAUUAGUAUAAAUCAGCUGCGUUCUUUACCUGAAGGUAGUACUGCAAUGGGCCUUCCAGUUGCAACGGGUGCAUAUGUUUACACACUUAUAUUUGUAACUGUUCCAUCGUUGGCCUCAGUCUACAAUGAGUAUGCUCUGAAGAGCCAAUAUGAUACAAGCAUAUAUCUUCAGAACUUAUUUUUGUAUGGAUAUGGUGCUAUCUUCAAUUUUCUAGCAAUAUUGGGAACCGCCAUUGUCAAAGGUCCCAGUAGCUUUGACAUCCUGCAAGGUCAUUCAAAGGCCACCAUGCUUCUAAUAUGUAACAAUGCAGCCCAAGGAAUAUUGUCCUCUUUUUUCUUCAAAUAUGCAGAUGCAAUCCUGAAGAAGUACUCUUCAACAGUUGCCACAAUCUUCACAGGCAUUGCAUCAGCAGCAAUGUUUGGUCAUACUUUGACCAUGAAUUUCAUGUUGGGAAUUUCUGUUGUGUUCAUCUCAAUGCACCAGUUUUUCUCAUCACUAUCAAAAGUCAAAGAGGAACAGCAGAAUGGGGUGGUGGAACUAAUGGAUGUUCAAGACGGGCAGAGGUCAAAAGAUUCAAUCAUAAACAUGGCAGCUGGAGCAAAUGAAGAGAUUACUCAUCGUGUAGGACAUGAUGAGAGACAGCCUCUACUUCCCACCUAGAAAUUAGUCAUGCCUGUUACGUUAGAAAGGAUUUUUCUUGGAAGGAAUUCUUUUGGCAGGACUUAUCGGACUAGGGAGGAGAUAAGUCGGUUGUCAGAAUCACAAAUAAACAUCAAUUUUUUCAAAGAAUUAUUUUUCGCAUUUGAUAUCCAUUUCCUGCUUCUUUAAUUCUUCCUACCAAGUGGGUACUCCAAGUUUCCAUCAUGCAGAUCAUCUGGGUUUUCGCUACGGGAGACUUAGAGAUUAGCAACAAAUGGUAACUGGAUACCAAUACCAAUGUUCUAUUACUAGUUUUACCUUUAUUCUUUGUCUCAGAAAUCUCUUUAUAGGAUUAGCGCUCAGAUCUUUAUGUGAGGCUACGGUUAAAAAAAGAGAGAAAAAACCCCAUUUUCUUCAUACUGAACCUGAAAAUGCUAUUUAAAUGUACUGACUCACUUAAAACAUUCAAUUAUCCAGUUAAAAAAAAAAAAUACUGGGAUUCUUUGUUUCAAGCAAUAUAUUUCCUCACUGAAUUCAUUGCCUCUCA